UUUUGCAGCACUUCACAAAUUACAAGAAGGUUUCGGUCCUUUACAACACGCGCGGACAAUAUUUAAUGUCGAGGUGUAAACGAGCUGGCCGAUUCAUUUUAUAAUUUUGUAUAGCAAGCGUUUUUUAAAACAUUAAAAACAUGGCCACGGCUGAAGCUCAAGUCAACGUGAACACAAAUUUGCAAAAGCAGGAUCUUAGCAAUUUGGAAGUCAGCAAUCUAACGCCUCUGUCGCCCGAAGUAAUCUCACGACAGGCAACAAUCAACAUAGGAACAAUCGGUCAUGUAGCGCACGGCAAAUCGACUGUUGUUAAGGCUAUAUCUGGUGUGCAGACUGUCCGCUUUAAGAAUGAGCUGGAACGAAACAUUACAAUUAAGCUGGAACGCUUAAGCGAUUCAAAAAUAAAAAAACUUUUGCACUCCAAGAAGCUGCGCAGGCAAUAUGAAUUGCAGCAGCAUCAAGUGCUAACGCGUCUCGCUAAGCGACGGCGACGACGUCAGCAGAGUCAGGAGCAGAGGCAGGAUCAGCCGUCAGCCAAUAGUCUAUUUACAUAUUUCACGCGCUCAUCCCGAAGCCACAGCCAGAGUUCGCUCAGUCCCAGCCAUAGCAGCGGCUAUGGCAGCAUUUUUGGUGCUGACGAACCGGAUACGCUGCAGUUGCAGCUGCAGAUUACAUCCAGCGUUUCAACUGCAACGGUGGCACCUAAAGCCAAAACAACGCAAUUGAGCGUUACUGCCGUAAAGCGACGACGCAGUAGCGGCAAGAGCAAUAGCAGCAAUGAGAACAACUACCACAGUGAGGUGUCAUCUUCACCAGCACUUAAAGUCAUCAAGGAUAAUGCGGGAAUGCCGCUCGCAGUGUUAAAGAAGCCGAAGGGCGAGUACGUAGUGGAGCGCGUAGAAUGCGUUGAGGUUCGGAAAUUUGAGCCCGUCUUCUUUGUCAAAUGGCUGGGCUAUGACAGUAGCCAGAACACCUGGGAAAGCUACAACAAUAUCUCAAAAUGUGUACAGCUGGAGCAUUUUGUGGAGAUUCAGUUGGAGUUCUAUAAGUCCUAUAUCUCAGCGAUCAGCAAUCGGUUGGAGGCACAGCUAACCGAUGCGCCGCCACUCGUCUUGAACAGCACUGUCAUGAAAACCCUGGAUAACUUUGAAGCUUUGCCACUGCAGCUGGACUUGAUAUUGCUGGCACAGUACAAAGCUGCGGGAAGUCGCAGUCAAGUGGAACGGGGUCGAAUCGAGGAGCGUGCUUUGCUGCGGAUGCAAAUGCAACGUUGUUACUACCAGCGGCAAACACAAUUAAAGAAGUUGGCUCAAUUCGAGGAACACAUGAACAGUGUGGAGCAACCAUCGCCGCCAAUACGUGUGAUCAACAACAGCGAUUUGGAUGACAUCGAUGAAAGUUUUGUCUAUAUCAAACGCAACAUACUCAGCGAGUCUGUCCCCAAGCCAGAAACUGAAGUAUUCGGCUGCAGUUGCCAUAAUAAUAAUAGCGAAUGCAGCGCCUCGAGUCGCUGUUGUGCUCGUCUGGCUGGCGAACUGUUUGCCUAUGAUCGUACCACACGACGCUUGCGUUUGCCCCAAGGCAGUGCCAUUUUUGAGUGCAACAGUCGCUGCAGCUGCGAUGACAGUUGCUCAAAUCGCCUGGUCCAACAUGGACGCAAGCAUGCACUGGAGUUGUACAAAACUAGUAACGGAUGUGGCUGGGGCGUUCGUACGCCGCAUGCAUUGCGCAAGGGCGAAUACGUUUGCGAGUAUGUGGGCGAGAUUAUUACCACCGAUGAGGCGAAUGAGCGAGGCAAAAUCUACGAUGACAGAGGUCGAACUUAUUUAUUUGAUCUGGACUAUAAUACGACAGCAGAGAGCGAGUACACGAUUGAUGCGGCCAAUUAUGGCAACAUAUCGCAUUUUAUCAAUCAUUCGUGCGACCCUAAUUUGGCUGUUUUCCCCUGCUGGAUUGAUCAUCUAAAUGUUGCCAUGCCACACUUAGUUUUCUUCACGUUGCGUUACAUUAAGGCUGGCGAGGAACUGAGCUUUGAUUACAUUCGUGCUGAUAACGAAGCUGUGCCCUACGAGAAUCUGUCGACGGCAACGCGUGUCGAGUGUCGCUGUGGCGCCAAUAAUUGCCGCAAGGUUCUCUUCUAGCGUCUUCGCAUUCAGCCAUUUAAAACAAACCACCGUAAAACUGCAAAUUAUUCAUUCAAUUUCAAGGCGACUUUAAGACAACAGAAAAUAGAAUUAGAGCAUUCAUUUUUUUUAUAGCUUUGUUCGUCAACUCUCUUAACUAAAAAAAAAUAUGACGAGGCGAAGUAAG